AUGCCAUCAACCAAGAUUCCCUCAAUAGCAGUAAUCAUCUGCUCAACCCGCCAACCCCGCGUCUGCCCCCAAAUCGCCUCCUUCGUAGCCUCCGCUCUUCAAACCCUCCUACCCCUCACCUCAAACACCGCCACCCUCUCAACCAUCGACCUCUCCACCUGGAACCUCCCCAUGUUCAACGAGUCAUCAAUACCCGCGCACACCAAAGACGCCUCCGCGUACACUCAACCACACACCCGCGCUUGGUCUGCGGAAAUCAGCAAACAUCAAGCUUUCAUCUUCGUGCUCCCGCAGUACAACUGGGGUUAUCCCGCGGUCCUGAAAAAUGCGCUCGAUUAUCUGUUUCACGAGUGGAGCGGCAAGCCGGCUAUGGUUGUUAGUUAUGGAGGGCAUGGGGGUGGGAAGGCCGCGGAGCAGUUGAAGCAGGUGCUUCAGGCGCUGAAGAUGAAGGUGUUGGAAAAUAUGCCGGCGUUGACAUUUCCGGGGCAUGAUGCGGUUGUUGCUGCGAUGAGGGGGGAGGAAUUUGGGCUUAAUGAGGGUAUUUGGGAUGGGGAGAGGGAGGGGAUUCGGAGGGUGGGGGAGGAAUUGUUGGGGAUGCUUGUGGAGGUGGAGGCGGGGAGAGUGGCAAAAGAGGGCGAUAAUGGCACCCUCGUUACGAAAUCCAGUCCAACCGAUGUCUGA